GGGAGAUCGUGAAAUGAGAACAACGGUCCGAACAGUGACAAAGGAGGAGCUGGGGUUGAAGUCAGCAUUCAUGUUACUAAUGCAAUUCUUAUCCAUUCGUUAUUUCCAUGCAAGCGCCGGGCGUAAAUAAUGCUCCAGUCUAUCGUUGGUGGUGUGAAGUGUCGGCCCCUGCCAGGUUAUCUGAGCUAGCUCCAAAGGGCUCGGCUCGUGCUCCCCUGCUAUUCUUCAGCCUCGUACGGAGUAAUGAGAAAAGUAAGGCCGCCGGUCGGAGCCGGAGUAAGGGAAAGCUCUGGGCACGAGGCUGUUUUCACGGCCUCAGCCACCAGCCACCUGUUUCCAAUAGGAGAAGUGAGAGGAGGAUGGGAUUUUUCUCAAUCGUUAUGCUCUCAUGGUUCGACAACCCAUCAGCUAAGCUCCUCAAGUCCAAGUGGUUGAGCUGA